AUGCAAAGUCUCGUAGACGAGAUCAACUCCAAACAGAAUCUAUGGACGGCGUCCACUGACCAAGAGAGAUUCUACGGUCGCUCUCUCGGUGAUGCCAAGAAGCUUUGCGGAACACUCCUUGAGGAGACUGAAGGGCUCGAGAAGAGGGUCUAUCCACCAGGGGAGCUUGCUGACAUUCCGAAUAGCUUUGAUGCCCGCGAUGCAUUCAAGGAGUGCAAGGACGUCAUCGGCCAUGUCUGGGAUCAGUCGGCUUGUGCGAGCUGCUGGGCGAUUGCGCCAGUUGAGGCAUUUAAUGCUCGUCUUUGCAUCAAAUCGGGGGGGAAGUUCAAUCAACUACUCUCUGCUGGCGAGAUGAUCGCUUGUUGUAACUCAACGCACUCUUGGCAACCUCGCGGCUGUAAGGGUGGCAUGAUCUUGAAUGCUUGGUCCUUCCUCAAAACGCACGGUAUCGCCACCGAAGGGAGCAUGAGCGCAGCCGAUGGUUGUUGGCCGUACAACUUCCCAAAAUGUGCUCACCAUCAGAAAAAGUCAAAAUAUGAGCCGUGUUCGAAGAAACUCUACGACACACCUUCGUGCUUGGACCGCUGUCCCAAUGAGAAAUACGGAAUUCCGCUGGACAAAGAUCGUCACUUCACAGCACACUCACCCGAUUUGUUCGAGGGAACAGACAAUAUCAAGAAAGAGAUCAUGACAAAUGGCCCAACCUCGGCUACAUUCUCUGUGUAUGAAGACUUCGUAUCAUACAAGUCAGGCGUCUACAAGCACACGAACGGCACCUUGAUGGGCAUACACAGUGUUGAGAUCAUCGGUUGGGGUACUGAGAAGGGCGUUGAUUACUGGCUGGUCAUGAACUCCUGGAAUGAAGGAUGGGGUGACCAUGGGACCUUCAAGAUAGCCCAAGGUGACUGUGGCAUAGACGACGCCGUCCUUGGGUCGCCUCCAGCCAUGAAUUGA